AGGUAUAUGACGAGGAACUUUGGCUAUUGGAAAAAUCGAGGAAUUCCUGAAGUGCCUCCAAGAUUUUUGGUUGGAUCAAUUGGUUGGAAUAUAAAAUGUCAUCAAGGCAAACAAGAACAAGAAUGGUAUAACAAAUAUGGAAAAAUAUUUGGUAUUUACGAAGGACCGUAUCCCACAUUAAUAAUAGCGGAUCCAGAAUUGAUAAAGGCUGUUUUUGUGAAGGAUUUUCAUUAUUUUUCGGACCAGAGAAAUUUUCGUUUCGGAGAUCGAAUUUUGGAUAGGGGAUUAUUCAUGGAAACUGGAGAAAGAUGGAAACAAUUAAGAAGUAUGAUGUCACCCAGUUUCACUUCUGGAAAACUGAGACUAAUGGAUAAAUCAGUCGAUGACUGUUGCCAAACAUUUAUUAACAAUAUCAUAGAAGAAUCCAACGGAGGAAAGGANAACAUUUACGAGGGAUCGAAACCCACAUUAAUGAUAGCGGAUCCAGAAUUGAUAAAGACUAUUUUUGUGAAGGAUUUUCAUUAUUUUAAGGAUAAAAGGAGUCUUCGUUUUGGAAAUCCAAUUUUGGACAAGGGAUUAUUCAUGCAAACUGGAGAAAGAUGGAAACAAUUAAGAACUAUGAUGUCACCCAGUUUCACUUCUGGAAAACUGAGACUGAUGGAUAAAUCAGUCGAUGACUGUUGCCAAACAUUUAUUAACAAUAUCAUAGAAGAAUCCAACGGAGGAAAGGAAGUAGAUGUUACUAAAUUUUCAAGUACUUAUACAAUAGAUGUUAUUGCUAGGACUGCUUUUGGAAUUAAACUUGAUUCAAGUAAAGAUCCAAAUAAUCCUUUCGUAAAGGCUGCAAGAAAAAGUAUUGGUCCAAUUCCUUGGAGAUUUGUACUUCCAGUUUUCAAAAUUACACUAAUAAUAUACGUUAACAUUUUUGCAGUACUUUUUCCUGCGGUGGCCAGACUCGUUCGCUUGACUAUAUUUGACCCACAAUCUGUCAAUUUUUUUAAACUUGCUAUCGAUGACGUGAUAAGCAAAAGAAAAUUGUUAAAAAAGGAUGAAACCCCUAGAGAUUUUCUUCAGUUGUUAUUAGAAGCAAUAGAAAAUAAAGGAAACAAAACUGAAAAAUUUGAUUUGGAUGAUGUGGUGAGCCAAUGCAUUACGUUUUUCGUUGCUGGAUACUUUGGUCCAACAUCAACUAUUUCGUAUUCUGCUCAUGAAUUAGCAGUCAAUCCAGAUAUACAGGAAAAACUUAUUAACGAAGUUGAUGAAACUGUUAAACAAUCGGGAGAAUUAAAUUACGAUACGGUUUCUGAAAUGAAGUAUUUAGAGGCAUUCGUUCAAGAAAUAGUUCGAAAACAUCCUACAACAAUCAGAUUAGAGCGUAGGGCUGUAGAAGAUCACGAAUUGGGCGAUACAGGAAUUGUCGUUGAAAAGGGCACGAUGAUAGCAGUACCUAUUUAUGCUCUUAACCAUGAUCCUAAGUACUUUCCAGAUCCAGAUAAAUUUGAUCCCGAAAGAUUAGAGCGUAGGGCUGUAGAAGAUCACGAAUUGGGCGAUACAGGAAUUGUCGUUGAAAAGGGCACGAUAAUAGGAGUACCUAUUUAUGCCCUUAACCAUGAUCCUAAGUACUUUCCAGAUCCAGAUAAAUUUGAUCCCGAAAGAUUUUUAUCUUGCAAUAAUAACAUGCUUCCUUUCACCAAUUUGACAUUUGGAGUUGGACAAAGAAAUUGUAUAGGUAUGAGAUUUGCAUUGAUGGAAAUUAAGAUGGUUCUAGCUAAAACUUUACAAUACCUUAGAUUUAAACCAGGAAUUAAUACAAAGAAAGAGCCUGAGUUGCUUAAAUCAAGGGGUUUUAAUCGCCCAAAAGAUGUAUGUUUAAAGAUUGAGUUAAGAAAAUGAAUUUACUUUUUACCUAACACAAAGUCAACUU